AUGGGUCGUGAAGUGGAAAACCUGAUCCAGGAGAACUCCCAGCUGCUCGAGACAAAAAACGCUCUGAACGUGGUGAACAAAGACCUAAUCCUGAAGGUGGACGAGCUGACCUGUGAGAAGGAGGUCCUGCAGGGGGAGAUGGAGGCUCUGGUCCAGGCCCGGGCCAAGCUCCAGGACAAGAGCAAAGAGCUGGAGGAGGAGCUCAAAAAAGCACGACAGGAAUUGGAGGAGCUCAGACAGAAAACCCAGGACGAAGAAGACACCGACAUCCCCGUGGCCCAGAAGAAGCGCUUCACACGGGUGGAAAUGGCGCGAGUGCUGAUGGAGAGGAACCAGUACAAGGAGCGUCUGAUGGAGCUGCAGGAGGCCGUGCGCUGGACCGAGAUGAUCCGACACGGGCCGCGGGGAGGGCCGUCAGCUGGGCCGGGGGAGGAGGGGGAGGACCGGGGGGAGGACCGGGGGGAGGCAGAGACCGGACCUGCUGCUUCAGUCGCUCUGGGUCCGAGGGUGAAGACACACGCUCUUCUCCAGUGUCCAUCUGCGCUGUCUCCUCGGGUCUCAGUCGCUCCCACUCCGGGUCCUCUCCCUCGGGUCGCUCUCCUCUCCCCCGGGUCGCUCUCCUCUCCCUCGGGUCGCUCUCCUCUCCCGCGGGUCGCUCUCCUCUCCCCCGGGUCGCUCUCCUCUCCCUCGGGUCGCUCUCCUCUCCCCUGGGUCGCUCUCCUCUCCCCCGGGUCGCUCUCCUCUCCCCUGGGUCGCUCUCCUCUCUCCCGGGUCGCUCUCCUCUCCCUCGGGUCGCUCUCCUCUCCCUCGGGUCGCUCUCCUCUCCCCUGGGUCGCUCUCCUCUCCCUCGGGUCGCUCUCCUCUCCCGCGGGUCGCUCUCCUCUCCCCGGGUCGCUCUCCUCUCCCUCGGGUCGCUCUCCUCUCCCCUGGGUCGCUCUCCUCUCCCCCGGGUCGCUCUCCUCUCCCCUGGGUCGCUCUCCUCUCUCCCGGGUCGCUCUCCUCUCCCUCGGGUCGCUCUCCUCUCCCUCGGGUCGCUCUCCUCUCCCUCGGGUCGCUCUCCUCUCCCUCGGGUCGCUCUCCUCUCCCUCGGGUCGCUCUCCUCUCCCUCGGGUCUCUCCUCUCCUCGUCGCUCUCCCUCGGGUCGCUCUCCUCUCCCUCGGGUCGCUCUCCUCUCCCUCGGGUCGCUCUCCUCUCCCUCGGGUCGCUCUCCUCUCCCUCGGGUCGCUCUCCUCUCCCUCGGGUCGCUCUCCUCUCUCCCUCGGGUCGCUCUCCUCUCCCUCGGGUCGCUCUCCUCUCCCUCGGGUCGCUCUCCUCUCCCUCGGGUCGCUCUCUCUCUCGGUCGCUCUCCCUCCCUCGGGUCGCUCUCCUCUCCCUCGGGUCGCUCUCCUCUCCCUCGGGUCGCUCUCCUCUCCCUCGGGUCGCUCUCCUCUCUCUCCCUCGGGUCGCUCUCCUCUCCCUCGGGUCGCUCUCCUCUCCCCGGGUCGCUCUCCUCUCCCGGUCGCUCUCCUCUCCUCGGGUCGCUCUCCUCUCUCCCUCGGGUCGCUCUCCUCUCCCUCGGGUCGCUCUCCUCUCCCCCGGGUCGCUCUCCUCUCUCCCCCGGGUCGCUCUCCUCUCCCCCGGGUCUCUGUCGCUCCCACUCCGGGUCCUCUCUCCCGGGUCUCCCCUGGGUCUCUCCCCCCUCUCUCCUCCACGAUGGAGCUGGACCCCACCAUCCUCCUCCCGGCCCUCCUCUGCACGGCGGUCGCGCUGUAUUUCGCCUCCUCUUACCUGGGUAAAAAGUCUGCAGAGUCGUCCUCCGCAGCCCAGAAGAAGAAGCCUAAAGUGGGCUACGGGGAUGAGGUGCCCCCCUCCAGAGCCCUGGGAGUCCCCCGGGCAGAGCCACAACCACAGCCGAAGACAGUGCGAGCAGAGCCGGCCAAACCCGCAGAAGUCACGCCAAAACCUGUGGUACCAGAACCCAAAUCAGAACCAGUCCCAGAGGUGAUCCCAGAACCAGCGCCCGCUCCAGUCACAGCCUCAGAACCAGUGGUGGAGGCCGCACCAGCACCAGUGGUAGAGGCCGCACCGGAACCAGUGGUAGAGGCCGCACCGGAACCAGUAGUUGAGGCUGCACCGGAACCAGUAGUCGAGGCCGCACCAGAACCAGUGGUAGAGGCCGCACCGGAACCAGUAGUCGAGGCCGCACCGGAACCAGUAGUUGAGGCCGCACCGGAACCAGUGGUAGAGGCCGCACCAGAACCCGUGGUUGAGGCUGUACCAGAACCAGUAGUCGAGGCUGUACCAGAACCAGUAGUCGAGGCCGCACCAGAACCAGUAGUCGAGGCCGCACCAGAACCAGUGGUACUAGAAGCUAAAGUGGAACCAGAGCCCAUACCGGAGCCUGAACCUGUGGUAGAAGCCACUCCGGAACCAGUGGUACCGGAACCAACCCCAGAGCCCGCCCCAGAGCCAGCGAAGGAACCAGAACCCGUCCCAGUAGAAGAACCUGCCUCACCAGAACCAGAAACACCAACAGAAGAACCAAAGCCAGAACCAGAACCCAUCGCAGAGAACGACGUAGCGGCGGCGGAAGAGAAGGUCACGUUCACUCCAGGAAAGAAGAAGAGUAAGUUUGAGACGCUGCUGACCAAAGAGGAGAUCGAGGAGGAGCAGAGGGUGGAGCUCACUUCAGAGCUCACGAGUCUCUGA